AUGAGUCAACGACAAAGUGAAGGAUUUAUUAUUCAAAAUGUGAAUCAACAACCCGAAGAACAAAUGAUACCAAUAUCAACCAUUUGUCUUUUUAUACUUGUUGAAAUGUUUCUUCCUGGUCGUUAUAAUCGUCCAAGUGCAUAUGCUCAGUAUGGUUUUCGUGAUGGUUUUACUCAUACUGCUCGUAAUACUAUUUAUUUUGCUGGUUUUAUGCUUUUUCUCGGUGUUAUUUUUAUUCUUAUUUGUUGUUGCUACCAGUAUGUCGCUUUAUGCUCAAAAAGGAAUCGAUCUUCGAAUACUGAACUUUAA